UUACCUUUGAACCUUGUUGCAACUUUUCGUUGUCCCUCCUCCAAAGUAACCAAAGGUUUCCUGAUCCACCUCUAAAACAACAUGGAUCCAGCAAAAUUGGCUAAACUCCAGGCUCAGGCGGCAGCCAACAGGAUUGGUGGAAAGGGGACUAUGCGCCGCAAGAUAGUACGGAAGACCAAACCUUCCGCUGCACAAGAUGAUAAGAAACUUCAAGGCGCAUUGAAGAAAUUAAAUGUGCAGCCAAUUCCUGGGGUUGAGGAGGUCAACAUGUUCAGGGAAGAUGGAAACGUGCUUCACUUCACUGCUCCAAAAGUGCACGCCGCGGUUUCUGCCAACACUUUCGCGAUCUACGGUACGGGACAUGUGAAGGAGCUCACGGAGCUUGUCCCCGGAAUCUUGAACCAACUGGGCCCUGAUUCCCUCGCAUCGCUGCGUAAACUCGCGGAAUCUUACCAGGCCAUCCAGCAGCAAGGGCAACAGAGGGCCCCUAACGCUGGUGCGGCCGAUGAAGAUGACGACGAUGUUCCUGACCUGGUCGAGAACUUUGAUGUGGAAGGAGAUCAAGCUGCGGGGAAGGACAAGCUUGAGGAGUUGAACUGAUUGUGCAAAAAAGGCCUGGUGUACUGAGUACGCGGAGAUGGUACUGUUUUAACUGACAGGAGUAUCUAUUUUUCAUGCGGAGUAGGUGGGGUAGGGGAAACAGGAUCCCUGCCUUUCCCUUCCAUUUCCUUCACAUCGCAGAUUAUACAAGCGAAAAGUUUUUCCUCUGAUUCCUGCCUAUAUCGCACGUCGUUCUUUUCUACUUCUGCCCAUCUGUCAUGUUCUCUCUACUUACUCACGACGCCAUCGCUAUACGAUUCGUUUCCAUUUGCAUCGCAUCACUGUGAUUUUGAGAAAAUAUCGCGAAAAUAUGGUAGGUCACUGGCACGAACUGUGGGAUAUGGACAGGCCAAGAAAGCAGCUGUAAAGCUGUCCUGGAACGUGGGGUUACCAGGUGACGUCGACGCCAUCCUAGUCAGGUUAAUAUAGAUAUGGCGCCAGAAGUGGAAAGUUCUGUUUAGAACGCUUUGUCUAUACCUCCUCUGCAUGGGAUGUGCUGGGAUUUGUCUGAGCUAUACUCCCCAUAGAGAAUACUGUACAUGUGAGCCUGCCAGU